AUUGCACUGCAGUGUACUGCUAUGAACACGCCGUGGACCAUCUACUAAAUCUCGCGAGAGUUGACUAAUCUUGCCCCUCCCACCGCCGUCACUGGUCGCUGCUUCUACAGUUUACUGAGCAUGUGUAUGCGCCGUUAGCAUUUAGAGAUGGCCUCAGACAAGCAAAACGACGCUAAAUUGUCCCCCAUGGAUGAAAACAAAGAAAAUUCCUCGGAUGGAGGACUUGGACUCGAAAUUUUGCAAAUAAUCAAGGAGUCCCAGCAGCAGCAUGGUCUCAGACACGGAGACUACCAGAGAUACCGGGGUUACUGCUCCCGUAGACUGCGGCGUCUGCGCAAGACUCUUGGUUUCAGGAUGGGCAACCGACACAAGUUCAUUGGGAAAAAAAUAACUGUCGAAAUGCUUUCUGACAGCAGGUAUCUGCUGCUGGUUUUGAUGGAGGCCGAGCGUGCGUGGAGCUACGCCAUGCAGCUGAAGCAGGAGGCGAACACUGAGCCACGCAAGCGCUUCCACCUGCUGGCACGACUACGCAAGGCUGCCAAGCACAGCGAGAAACUGGAGAAGCUCUGUGAGAGCCCACGCGUUGAUGCCAAGACCAAACUUGAGGCGCAGGCCUACACUUCAUACCUCACUGGUAUGGUGGAGUUUGAACUGCAGGAGUGGAAGCUUGCCAUGGAGGCCUUCAACAAGUGCAAGACCAUCUAUGAGAAGCUGGCCAGUGCUUUCACAGAGGAGCUGGCUCUUCUGUAUCGCCAGCGUGUGGACGAGAUUUCGCCCAACAUCCGCUACUGUGCUUACAACAUUGGCGACCAGAACGCCAUCAAUGACUUGAUGCAGAUGAGACUGACGGGAGGAGGAGGAGGCAUGAUGGCAGAGAAACUGGAGGCUCUGAUCACUCAGGCAAGAACCAAGCAGGCGGCCACCAUGAGCGAGGUGGAGUGGCGAGGGCGGACGGUGCCUGUGAAGAUCGACAAGGCCCGCAUCUUCCUGUUGGGUCUGGCUGACAAUGAAGCCGCUAUCGCUCAGACGGCUAACGAGGAGACCAAAGAGCAUCUUUAUGAGACGCUGCUGGCCGAGUGCAGAGACACAAUCCAGGCUGUGAGGGAGGAACUCAAGAGCGAGGUGAAGCAGCGAGAGCGGAGCACUGACUGUGACAACAGCAAGGUGUCCAACCUGCAGUUCCUGCACAGUUACCUGAGUUACAUCAAGCUGUGUACGCUGGUGAAGAGGAAUGAGAGCAUGGCCCGUACCCUGCAGGCCAAACUGAAGGAACCCGAUGCGGACGAGAACAAGAGAGGGCCCCGUCCACAGGAUCUCAUUCGCCUCUACGACAUCAUCCUGCAGAGUCUGGCUGAGCUCUCCACCCUGCAGGGCCUGGAGGAUGACCACACCUUCCAGAAGGAGGUGUCCCUCAAGACGCUGGUCUACAAGGCCAACAGGUGUUUCUUCAUAGCUCAGUCGUAUGUGCUGGUGAAGAAGUGGAGUGAGGCAUUAGUGCUCUAUGAGAGGGUUCUGAAAUAUGCCAAGGAGGUCCAGUCUAAGACCAAGAAUCUCAACAACAGCCUCAAGGAUCUCCCUGAUGUCCAGGAGCUCAUUGCUGAGGUCAAUGCUGAGAAAUACUCCCUUCAAGCUGCUGCUAUCUUAGACACCGAUGAGACUGCUGAAGUUCCCUCUCAGACGCAUGUCAAAGACAACACGCCCCUCUGCAACCGCCUGGAGACCUUCCGCCUGGAACCGGCCCUCGUGGGAAAGCAGCCCAAUUUGGUCCAGUUCCCUCCCGACUUCCAGCCAAUUCCCUGCAAGCCCCUGUUCUUUGACCUAGCUCUCAACCAUGUGGCCUUCCCACCGCUGGAUGACAAGGUGGAGCAGAAGGGCAAGGGUGGUCUCACCGGCUACAUCAAGGGUAUCUUUGGCUUUGGCAGCUAAAUCCAACACCCAGGCUUUGGAUUCAACCAAGUCCACCAAAAACAACCAAACCUGGCUCAGUUGUUAGAAUGAUUUUAAAUUACUUUGAUUCUUUUUCUCUGCUGCUGUGGCGCCUAAGUGCAUGAGGGGGGAAGUUUGCAAGAAGGUAUGGAAGGGAUCUGAUUAGCUUGGAGUAGCAAUAUGACCCAAGUUCACCUGCAAGUUCACCUUUAGUACAAACAUCAGGCUGCAUGGGUUCCUAGCAUACGGGCUUCCUCCUUCACCUGAGCUAUGGGGGCGUCAGUCAGUCAGGUUUUACAGGUAACCAUGUCGGUGUCAAAUCAGCAAACAAAACCACUUAGGCAUCAUUAGUAGUGUUUCUUCCUUUUUUUUGUUUUGUCAUGUAAGCGCCUUCAUGUCAUUAUGUCUAGUCUUUUGUGGGCUUUUCUGCAUCUUUUUUUUGCAUAAAAGUGCAGUUUUGUUAUUGCAAAUACUCUAACUUAAAAACAAACCAAGUAGUGCUUAUCGACAUGUAUUCAACAGACGGAAGCUUUCCCAGUUUUUUUAGGUUUCUGCUGGGAUCCAAUUCUUCCCUCCACCACCAUAGUUUUUUUUAAUUUGUCAAUUAAAAACGGGUCAUAAUACACAUGUUGUCCUGUAAGACAAUAGGCACUAAAAGUGCCGUUAUGUUAGAUAAGCGUCCAACUGCUUUGACCCGCCCAGUGCGACCAAGUGCUAGUCGCCAUUUUUAACACCCCUCACUGAAGGGCGUGCUCCUUGUGGGCUGCAUGGUUCCAGCUCUUCACAAUGAAAUCAAUCAAUUAACGUCAUGUCGUCUAUUUUCUGUCUUCAGUGACGUCAUGUCCCUAUAGAAACCUUCAGUGGGAUAUUGUUUGUCAUUAUAUCCACAUCAAAGCUUCUCAUUUCAUUGGAUCCUGAAGGGCCCUUGUUUGCUGGUGAUAGCUGGCUAAACAUGUGCUGGAGGAUCAGUUCAGUCUCACUUGAACUUUUAACUACUUCGCUAACUCAUUUUGGUUUGGAUUGAAGUAUUUCUUUUUUCUUUUCAGUAUUUUCUUUUUUUUAAAUAAAGAUGGAAGUUCUGGUGGUGUUCCAGAUCUUUACUUUGAUUUGGCCUGGAAUAUUAAACGUGAUCAAUAUUUGUUGGAACCAUAAGUGGAAAAAGAAAUUAAUUGACGGAAAUGUAUAAUUUGAGCUAAUUUCCAGACGUAUGAUUAAAAUAGAUUUUCACCAAAGACUGA